GUCAGCUAGCAUGAUGAAGAAGGAGCAAAGCGUGGGAGCCCUCAGUGGCGGCCUCUUUGUUCGAAAAUUGCGGUCAGUGCUGGACGAAUCACGGUGGCCUGUGCAGAGAUUUCAUUCCCUGUCGGGGUCAUUGCGGAUCUAGAAAGGACGACAUAGAAGCGGAGUAAGUGGAGUGACGCGUGGCGAUUGCGCGACGACUUGUCUUCAAAGUUGCUACUCGAGCUCCUAGGCACAUACCGCAUCUUUGUCGACACAUGGCCAGCGGCAAUGAGGUAGCCGAGGGACACGUUACCUCCCGCGACGGCACCCGUAUCGGGUUCCAGCGUCGGGGCAGCGGUCCUGGCCUGGUGCUCGUGCAGGGCGCAAUGGCGACCGCAUACAAUUUCAAUGACCUCGCCGAGGCGCUGGCACCUUCAUUUACAGUCUACACGCCUGAUCGCCGGGGCCGCGGAAUGAGCGCCAAGCCCUACGACAAGGGACACGAGAUUGCGCGCGACGUCGAGGACCUGGACGCGCUCCUGGCCGAGACUGGUGCCAGCCGCGUGUUUGGGCUCAGCUCCGGAGCGAUGAUCACUUUGGAGGCGGCAAGGACGCUGCCACGGGUCACUCGGGCAUCGGUGUACGAGCCUCCGUUCUACGCAAAGGGCAUCUCACACGACGGCAUCCGGCAGCUCAAUGCCGAGAUUGAAGAGGGUCGCCUGGCAUCUGCUCUCGUCAGCGCACUCCUCGUCGCCGAGACGGCCCCGGCGCCGCUACAGGUACUUCCGCGGCCCGUCUUGCGGCUGCUCGCCAGUGGCGCGCUGCUCGCCGACGAUCGGCGGCAUGGCCCGUAUGCAAGACUGCGUGACCUGCUCCCCGGUGUCCGGUACGACUUCAACGUGGUCGGUGGCAUGGACGGAAAGAAGGACACGCUGGCGUCGAUUGACAAGCCCGUGCUGCUGAUCAGUGGGACAAGGAGCCCUGCCUUCUUGCAGCAGAGCAUCCGCACGCUAGCGAGCAUCCUUCCCCAGGCACAACGCGUUGAGCUUGAAGGCCUGGACCAUUCUGGGUCGUGGAAUGCUAGCCGUGGUGGCCACCCACAAGUCGUCGCAGCGGCGCUGCGCGACUUCUUUGCCUAGGCGUGGAAAGCUCACCCCCGCCGCUCUGAAGCAAAGCUCGCUCUUUAAGAGCUUGUUGCCUGUCAAGUGUGUCAUCUGCUUGUUUCCAUCUGCUCUUAAGAUGUCGUCCCUCUUGCGCGACAAAAGUGGUGACUACCGACAACACCCAGCCGAGCGCGCUUUCCCUAGGCUAUUUUCACGCCUUGUCCCUAGGGCCAGGGCGCAAGGAGGCAAGGAGCAAAAGUCGGACAAAUGCCAACAUGAAUGACGAGAGCCCACCUGC